GAGACAGAAGAAGAAGAAGCCUUGUCUAAUGAAAUCCAGCAACCUCUUUCUACAUUUAAUUCAGAAGAUAAAGAAGAUGAAAACAAGCCAGAAGCAGACCCCGGUGCUGAGGAUAUGGAAGUUAUAAGUGGAUCAAUAGAAGAGGAAACGGCCAGGCGAGCGAUUAACGAGGAGGUCAAAGAAGAGGCUGCGAUCGCUUCCACUGAUACGUUCGACAAGACCGUCAGUAACACCGAAGGACAAGGAGAAGGAACUGGAAGAAAUGAAGUGGUGGUUUUUGUUUGCGGCCAACCAGCAGACGCGGACGCCGCCGAUAACGUCAUUCAAGAUGAUGCGGAAGAGCAGAGCAAGACGGUUAAUCGACUUCAUGAGAACCAGAUAGUCUACGAGCCGAUUAGUAGUCCAGAAAGCAGCGCUGAAGACGGGGAGGUUUGUGCACCGUUGGAGAAACAUGCCGCCGUGUCAUUCCUGGACAUCCAGCACACAGAGGCCUCGUCCGCUAAUGAAGAAAACAGAGGAGUGUGCAACCUGCAACUGGAAACGGUUAGAGAAGAAAUGCAUGUGUCAGACAGCCGGGCGGUGAUGGAAAACGAGGUCCAAGCCAUCUGUGUACCAGAGCAGCGUCCGGCCCAGUCUGCACAGUCGGAGCAGAGGAGCGCAACCGUGGACGUGAAACAAGUCGCAGUGAUCAGCUCCAGCGAUGAUAUCAGCGUGCCAGACAGAGGGUUAGAAGAUGCAACGGAAAAAACUCAAAGGAAUGGCUUUCCAGAGUUUUCUGAACAGAUGCGGGAGGACGCCGGACGCCAGGAGGUUGCAGAUGUCACCGUGACGACGACUACAGCCAUCGCUGCAGUCGAGAUCCCAGAUAGUACAUCUGAGGAGUACGUGAUCUUAGAACCGGUCCCGGAGAGUGAGAUCCCCUUUGAUAUCGUCACUCAAGCGGCGGCUGAAUCGGGUUUGUCGGACUCGCUUUCGGAGCAGGUGAAUCCAGACAGCGCGUUGGUGGGCGAUGCAGAAAAUCAAAGGGUUUCGAACGGUUCCCCACAAAGCUUUCACCCUGAGGCAGAAGUACAGCAUUGUCAAACAACCGGUGAGAUCAAAGACGCUACGGUGACGAACUCAGGUGAGGUUGAGGACACUGGGGUCGAGAUAGAAACUGCAACUACUCCACCCAAAGAGGAAGAAGAAGAAGAAGGUGUUCAAGUUACUAAUAAUUCUGACCAAGACCAGCAACCAGCAUCGUCUGAAAUGAUGGAUGUUAACACCACGGACUCUCACGCCGCUCAAGGCUCAAAUGAAGACUGUAACGAUCUGCUGACGGAGAACGUGGAGGGUAAUUUGGAUCUGCAUGAGGUGCAAAUCCUGGAGGAUAUAGGGCUCGGCCGUGAGAUCGUAGUAGAGGAAGAGAACGAGGAAGACGCCGACAUUACAAUAAUAGAAAAGCCUCAGGAAACACCUGAAGCCGCCGCCGCCGCCCCUGCCGCCGCUCUUAAAAAGCCAGAGGAAACGACGGUUAAUGAGAAAAAUAAAGAUAAAGACACUUGUGGGACGUCGGUGAAGCAAAACAACACAGCCGAGAAGACUGAGGAUGAUAAAAAGGGACAAGAGCCACAAAAACCCAAGAAACAAGAGAUGAAUACGCAGGCGAGGACUAAAGCACGUCUGGCCGCUCUGGCUGAACAAAAGGCCGCAGCCUCGAAGAGAACAGCCAACAGACAACAGCUGAACCUCUUAGCCUUGUGCCAGGAAAUCGCCGAGGACAUCGCCACAGAUAGCAUGCUGCUGAAGAGGAUAGAAGAAGAGAAGCAAGCAGCGGCUGCAGCAGUGGCGGCAAAAGCUGAAGCCAGUAAGAAAGAAAGCCCUGCACCUGUUAGCACCCCUGUAGUAGAGACGGGUGAUGUUGCAACUCCCGCCGGACCGGAAGUGUGCUCGGCUUCGGUGGCUUCGGUUUCAGUGCCCCUCAAAGUCCACGAGAAGAAGAAGCUGACUCGAUAUCAGCGGCUGAGACAAGUCGAACUGCAGAGAGAGAAAAUGUCGUGGGCUCGAGUGAAGAAGAUGAAGUCCGACCAAGCGAAUCAGAUGUUCUCGGACAUGGAAUGGCAGCCAUCUUUGUUCUCGCCCUCUCCGGUUUCAGUUAACACCUCGAUGACGGAUCCUUCACCUGCAGCCAGUCCAUCGAAAUCUAAAACCCCUCUCCCGAGCCCUUCCUCCAGUGGCAAACCUGCGACACCCAAAGCCGAAGCUCCUAAAGUGGAGUCUCCUAAAGCUGAAGCGAGUAAACCCGAACCCCCUAAAUCAGAACCCUCCAAAACCGAACCUAGCAAAACUGAAGUCUCUAAAACUGCACCACCUAAAGCCGAAACCCCUAAAACGACGAGGCAAAGUAAGGCUCAGACUCCUAAAGAGACCCCUCCUCCUGGUCCUUCCCCAAAAGUGACCAGAUCAUCAGCCAGGAGGAGCCUCCCUGCCGUCCCCCCUCCCAUGCCCAACGGACUCAACGCCCAGAAGACGAAGAUCGAGUAUAAGCCGUACAGACCGAGACCCAAGUACUCCUUUGAUGAUUUCGAACUAGAUGACGACCCUCUACCAGCUCCUCCGGCAAAGCCCACUCCUCAGCCCAGACCUGCACGCCCCAACCUCCAGUCCAGACCAGUAGCUCAGUCCAAACCAGCGCUCCUUUCACCGUCAAGACCCGCCGUUUCAUCACAGCUCGCCAACCAGGCCAAACUCAAAGCUCAGAUCUCAGGUCAGUCGAAGCUCGCCGUUUCAACCGCGCCUCAGUCGAAGCCCGCCGCCGCCGCCACCAGCUCCUCUUCAAACCCCGCCGCCGUCGCACUCCAACCGAAGACUUCAUCGGGAGUUGCCACGGCCGCCUCGUCGAGACCCGUCGCACCUUCAGCCAAACCUUUACUGAAGUCUCCGGUUUUAACGACACCUCAGUCCAGAUCUGCUUCUUCUUCUUCUUCUUCGGCUGCAGGUCAAUCCAAACCUGCUGCUGCUUCUUCUUCUUCUUCUUCUUCUUCUGCUUCUGCUUCUUCUUCUACACCCCAAUUAAAGACUCCUGCUGGUUCAACAGCAGCUAAAACAUCCGAGACAAAGCCCGCCGCCGCUGCUGCUUCAACACCUCCGAAAACCCCAAAUCCUCCAUCAUCCGAAGACAGAAAAUGCAAGGAUGCAACCGGUUUACUUUCAUCAGCUCCUUCAUCUUCCCUUCCCUCCAAAGAGAGCUCUAAAGCGUCUGACGGUACGCAGCAGAGCGACAGAAAGCCUGCAGGGACAGAAACAGUCGAGGCGGCCGAGAAGACGACGGACAAGCCUCAACAAGACGGAGCAGUGAAUCCACGAGACAGCGGGACUCCUCUGUCUGACGCCAGUCUGCAAAAAGAAGUGAAGAAACUAAGAGAGGCGGACAAAGACGGCACUCAGACUAUUAUUGAUGCAGGACAGAAGCAUUUCGGAGCGGUGGCCUGCAGCGUGUGUGGGAUGCUCUACUCCGCCGCCAACCCUGAAGACGAGUCUCAACAUUUACUUUUCCACAACCAGUUCAUCAGCGCCGUCAAAUACGUGGGAUGGAAGAAGGAGAGAAUCUUGGGGGAAUAUCCAGACGGCAAGAUCAUUCUUGUCCUGCCAGAUGAUCCCAAAUAUGCCCUGAAGAAGGUGGAGGAGAUCAGAGAGAUGGUGGACAAUGACCUCGGCUUCCAGCAGGUGGAGACCAAGUGUCCCUCUCAGACCAAAACCUUCCUCUUCAUCUCCAACGACAAGAAAGUUGGUGGGUGCCUCAUAGCGGAGCACAUCCAGGAGGGGUACCGGGUGAUCGAGGAGUCCGCGCCGGAGGGUUCGGAGAGAGAGAAGGUGAUGUUUGAACGGCAGAGAGCUUGGUGCUGCUCCACCACGCCGGAGCCGGCAAUCUGUGGCAUCAGCCGCAUCUGGGUGGUGAACAUGAUGAGACGUCAGGGCAUCGCCUCGCGCCUGCUGGAGUGCCUCAGGAACAACUUCAUAUACGGUUCCUACCUGAGCAAAGACGAGAUCGCUUUCUCCGACCCCACCCCCGACGGGAAGCUCUUCGCCACACAUUACUUUGGCACUUCUCAGUUUUUGGUUUAUAACUUUGUGAGUGGAACACGCUCCUCGCAGCCCAAAUCAGACGCGGUAUGAUCACCAUACCUUCGAGAGGAGAGGAGAGGAGAAAAGGUAACGAGGCGUUCACUGACCCAACGGGAUCUCACUCUCACUUAAACUAUCUGUGUCUGACUCUUUACAUGCAAAACGAUUUAAAACAAAACAAAAAAAAACAAAAACUGUAAAUUUCUCCUUGGAGAGGACACACAUGGGUUCAAAUCUCAGGAUGAAGACAACAAGCUGCUGUUUUGUUGUUUGGUAAAUAUUAUGAAUUCACCCUUUAAUCCUUCCCUGCAUAGUAUUUUGCAAAGAAAGAAAGAAAAAAACAAAACUAAUAUUUUCUUUAUACCUUUUUAAGUAAAAACAAUUUGGAUUUAUUAGAAAUAUAAAACGCAUGAUCUGACAGCAAUAGAAGACAAAGCGCAUUUCAUGGUUGUUGUUUUUUAAAUGUCUGAAAACCAUCAAAUCAAGUUAUUAAAUUAAAUUAAAUGGUUAUUUUUUAGUUUUGUCCCCAUUAUGUAAUUUUUUUUAACUUACAUGAUGAAUUAAACAUGUACGAGGUUUUUUUUUAACAUGUGAUGAUGAUGUCAUCGAUUAUGUUAAAAGGUAACAAUGUUUCCUU